AUGCACAAUUUCCGUGAGUGUGUUACCGAUCAGACUUCUGAUCUUCUAUUGUUAUUUCUAAAAUUAGUACUGAUAACACUCGAAGGCGAUCAGAUCAUAGCGAAUUAUCAUAACAAGUCAGCGGAUGGACUGAGUCUACCGUUUUUAUUCAACUGGCUGUUAGGAGAUAUUGCAAACUUUAUUGGAUGUAUAUGGACAGAGCAGCAGCCAUUUCAGAUAUACCUAGCUCUAUACUUUUGUAUAGUCGACUUCUGCCUAUUUUUCCAAUACUUUUACUACAAACGCUUUUACUCUACCCAGGUGGAAGAGAUAUUGUGCGACGAUGAUGUCUUGAUGGCAGAGGGAGGUCCACAAUGGAGACAAUAUAAUACAUUUCCUAUAAAAAAACCGGCCUCCCGGCAACGAGGCACUAUACCAUUAUUUGCCGUUUUUUUUUUCACUCUCCGUUCCCUAUCAUACCUAACUUCGUCCGGUCUCACAACAUCACACUCAUCAAUAUCUCAUUCCAAACGAGACGCUGCGGUGGUAUCUUGGGUAGGUAUCCUUGGAGCAUAUUUCACGGAAGAUGGACAAUAUUUUGUCGGAAGAGUCAUGGCCUGGACAUGUACAGUUUUGUAUUUGACUAGCAGGAUGCCACAGAUUUGGAAGAAUUUUGAACGGAAAUCAGUUGAAGGCUUAUCGAUAUUCAUGUUCAUAUUCGCUGCGCUUGGAAACUUGGCCUAUACUAUGUCGAUAUUUCUCUAUGAUAAGAAGGAGGAUGACUUCUACCACAAGGAAUUUCCCUAUAUAUUGGGAGCAUCAGGGACGUUGACGUUUGAUAUAAUUAUCUAUAUGCAAUGGUGGAAAUAUCGAAACAAUCGUCCUAAGCGUCGCUUUUCCAGUCUUGUUGUAUAUGACAUCGAAAACAAUGCUUACCUACCAGCAACAAUCCGCGAUGCAAGAAGCAGACUACUAGCAGACCAACAUUGA